CGAAAUCAGUUCCCUUUCGAACGCGACGCAGUGAGCAACAUGCAGCCGCUGCUCCUAGUAGUGCUGGCCCUUUGUGCGGCCCCAAUCUUUGCCCUUCCCCGACCGGACUACAACGACGACUACAACGAUGACGACGUGAAAGACUGGCAGCCGGAGCCCCUCAAGCCAGCUCCCUGGCAGGCGGAGCCACGCAGCUCACCUUCAGAGCCGCAAGCGGCCGUGGUGCCUAUUCCCGGGAUCGGACAGAUCGUGGGAGUGCGCAACUUUAAGACCAUCGCCGGACGUCCGGUGAACGCCUUCUUGGGCGUGCGGUAUGGUCAGGUUGGCAGCGGCCUGGCGCGCUUCCAGGCUGCCCAGCCUGCCCGCCUCCAGGGCCGGAUUGAUGCCACCGUGCAGAGCCCGAACUGUGCCCAGUUUCCGGAAUUGCAGCGCCUGAGGGAGUCCGAGUCCCGCGGUGAGAACGUCGACGACUGCCUGACUCUGAACAUCUAUGCACCCGAGGGAGCUAAGGACCUGCCGGUGCUGGUCUUUGUGCACGGCGAAAUGCUGUUCGACGGCGGCGCUGAGGAGGCUCAGCCGGAUUAUGUCCUGGAGAAGGACGUGCUGCUGGUCUCAAUCAAUUAUCGACUGGCACCCUUCGGCUUUUUGAGUGCUCUGAGCGAUGAGCUUCCCGGCAACGUGGCCCUCUCCGACCUUCAACUGGCCCUCGAGUGGCUGCAGCGCAAUCUGGUUCACUUUGGCGGAAAUCCCGGCCAGGUUACGCUGGCAGGACAAGCGGGCGGAGCCACAUUGGUUCACGCUCUUAGCCUCAGCGGCCGGGCCAAGGACCUCUUCCAGCAACUAAUCCUGCAGUCGGGCACAGCCCUUAAUCCCUACCUGAUCGAUGAGCGCCCUCUGGAGACCCUGGACACCUUCGCUCGCCUCGCACGUUGUCCUACCAAUCCCGCUGCUCGCAGUCUUGCCCCGCUUUACGACUGCCUGGCAACACUGCCCACCUCGCAACUGGUCUCCGCCUUUGAGCAGCUCUUCGAGCAGAACGAACCGCGCGGUCUUAGCUCCCUCGGCGGCUUCAAGCUUGUCGUGGGCGACCGUCUUGGAUACCUGCCCCGUCCCCCAGCUGCCCUGGCCGCCAAUGCCAGCAACAGUGUUCCCACCAUUGUCGGUGCCGCCAAGGACGCCAGCGCCUUCAUCCUGUCGCGCUUCUACAACCAGAUUGCCGGCCUGCAGUCACGCAAUGUGAGCGACUACAUCGACGUGGUUCUACGACACACGGCUCCUCCCAGCGAGCACCGCAUCUGGAAGCAGUGGGCUCUGCGUGAGAUCUUCUCUCAGGACCAAGAGUACUCGGCCAGUGCCCGCACCGUGACACAGGGUCUGCUGGAGCUGAGCAACCUCAUCCUUUACCGCGCCCCCGUGAUCUUCUCCAUCCGCCAGUCGUACCGCUCAACACCAGUUUACCUGUACACCUUCGACUACCGUGGCGAGCACCACCGCUUCGGGCACCUGAAUAACCCCUUGCCGUUCGGAGUGGAUGCCUCGCUAAGCGAUGACAGCGUCUACUUGUUCCCCUACCCGGAGGAGGCCAGUCGCCUUAAUCCUGUGGACAGGUCGCUGUCCCGCGCCCUGGUCACCAUGUGGGUUAACUUUGCAGUUUCUGGGGUGCCCAACCCGAACUCUGGAGUGUGGCCACGGGCCACGUCCGAGUAUGGACCCUUCCUGCGCUUCACCAACUCUCGCCAGAAUAUGCUCGAGCUGGAUCCGCACUUCGGUGAAGGCAUAAACUUGCCGAAUCUCUAUGGAGAAUACUUCAAUGCCACCAGUAGCACCAGCAGCAGUGUUACAGUUGCAACACCGAAUAGGCCCUACUACUAUCCCACCCCUACCACUACUACUACUACCACGACGACGACCACAACUACCAGGCGUCCGUACGCGUACAAUCCCUAUGCCAACUGGCAGAACAGGCAACCGCAACAGACUUGGCGGCCAGCGAAUCCGGACUACGUGAGGGCUCAGGAAGAGCGACAGGCACAGUUUAUCCGCGAUCAGCAGUUGCGGGCGCAGCGGGAGAGAGAGCAGCGUUGGCGAGAGCAGCAACAGCGGGAAAACCAGAAUCGACGUCCGGCACAGGAUCCUCGCGAGCAACGAGAGAAGGAACAGCAAGAACAACAGCGCCGAGAACAACUGCAACUGCAGCGAGAAAGGGAACGGCAAGAGCGCGAACGACAACAACGAGAGCAGCAAGAGCGAGAACAGCGAGAGAGAGAACAGCGAGAGAGAGAACAGCAAGAACGAGAACAGCAAGAACGAGAACAGCAGGUGCAAGAACAGCGAGAGCGAGAACAGCAAGAACGAGAACAGCGAGAGCGAGAACAGCAAGAACGAGAGGGAGAUUACUCAAUUCGCGAUGAAACACCAAAUAACGAACUGAAACCGUAUCCCAAUUAUGAUGACUAUCUCCGAAAUCAAGACGAGUCUCCCGAAUCUACUCCUGAUCAUGGAUACGACGAGGAGCGAGAAAACGAGAUACGAGAGCAGCGGAUACGUGAGCAGCAGGAGAGGGAACAGGAGGAGAGACUAGAAGAAGAGAGAUUGCAACAGGAACGAGAGCGAGAACAGCAGUCAGUCGAAAAUCCCGAUGAUGGCCGCCAAUCCUAUCCCGGCUAUGAUGAUUACCUUAGAGGACAGCAAGGAGAAAGUGAUCCAGAAACGGAACAAGAACGAAACUACAAUGAGGAGCGGGACCGCGAGCAACAGCAGCGCGAGCAGCAAGAACGUGAGCAGCAGGAACGUGAGCAGCAGGAGCGUGAACAACAAGAACGUGAGCAGCAGGAACGUGAGCAGCAGGAGCGUGAGCCGCAACCUGACAGUGAUGAUCCGCGAAACUAUUCCAGCUACGAUGAAUAUUUGAGAGCCCACCAAGCAAGACAACCAGCCGAGUCCGAUUUCGAUGCGGAAGAACAAAACCGUGAACAAGAGCGGAGGGAUGAGCUUGAUCAGGAGCAAGAAAGAUCACUUGAGGAGGAUCCGGAAGAUGCUGACGACCAGGAGCCGGCCGAUCCGGCCAACGAUCCCAGCUCCUACGCUAGCUACGAAGAUUACGUGCGAGCCCAGCAAAAGCUGCGCGAGGAGGAAGAGGAGCGCGACAGGGCCCGGGAGGCACAAGAAAGGGCCGAAGAGGAGCAGGAAGAGGCCCGUCAGGAAUACCCAGGAUAUUCCCAAUUCAGGAGCGUGCUUCACGGACCGCAGCACGUUAAGCUCAUGCACAGACAGCAGCGACGCAGGCAGUAGGAGAACCGAACCCGCCUUAUAAUGUCUCUUUAAAUAUUAUUUUUAUUACAAAAUAAACACAAUAUGAGCUAAUUGUACUUGCCGAAGCUUUCUUCUUGACUUUUCCAUAAUGUCAACAAUAAAUCAAUUCAUUUAUA